GUUCUUGUGAACAGGAGCUCCGUCUCCUCUGUGAUGGAAAUAAGGCACAGAGCUGGAGCAGCAUGAAAAAGACUCUUCUGACUAACAGGAACAGCUAACUUUGUCAUUACAUUUCAGGUGAGCUUCUUUGUGUUUGUUAUUUUUAUUAUUAUUAUUCAUUUUAUGAUUUAAAAAACCCUAAAUUCAAGGCGAAGCAAUGAAAAUCUCUUUAAAGUCCAUGUAAUCUUGUAGAGAGGGAUUUGAGUAUUUAAAGAAGAAACGUGUUGCGCUAAUGAGACUGAACGGACUAACGUGAAGUGUGUGUUUAAAUUUGUCUUUGUUAGAAUCCAUCAAACAUGCACGAUUUUUCAACUGUCCUACCAUUAACUCGGAACUGGCACCAGUCCUAAAGGGGUCUCCCCUCCCCACCCCCACCAGUACAUGCAUUUUCUGAUAAACCACUAACGUCCUGCCAACGUCUUUCCAAAGAUGUUCUCAAUGAUGCAAGUGUGGAGAAGCAGAAUAUUCCAGUCAGAGUACAGCUCCAGCAGCCAAAGGAAAGAAGCCAACAUGCAGAAUCAGAGCAGCGAUCGUCCUCAUCUCGCGGGACACAACACAAACAACUGCAACAACAAUGAUGGCAAAAAAGACGAGAAGAAAGAUGAAAAGAAGGAUGAAAAAAAGGACGACAAGAAGGACGACAAGAAAGAUGACAAGAAGGAUGAUAAGAAGGAACCGCCGAAAGAAGUAUGGAUUAUGGACCCUGCCACAGAUAUGUACUACUACUGGCUGCUCACCAUCUCUGUCCCUGUGUUUUACAACCUCAUGUUACUGAUUGCAAGGGCUUGUUUCAAUGAGCUCCAGUCCAGAAACUACACCUUGUGGAUAGCUCUGGACUAUAUUUCAGACGCACUGUACGCCACUGACACUUUUGUGAGAUACAGGACAGGCUUCCUGGAGCAAGGACUGCUUGUCAGGGACGCGAAAGCCUUGAAAGAAAGGUACACAAAGACCCUCCAGUUCAAAUUGGAUGUCAUAUCCCUUCUUCCUACUGACAUUGCGUUCAUCAAGUUUGGAGUCAACAACCCAGAGUGGAGGUUCAACCGUCUCUUGAGGUUGGGGCGCCUCUUUGAGUUCUUUGAUCGGACUGAAACACGAACUAACUUCCCAAACAUAUUCCGAAUCGGUAAUCUUGUUCUUUAUAUCAUCAUUAUUAUCCACUGGAACGCCUGCCUAUACUUCGCCUUCUCUAAAGUACUUGGAUUUGGCUCAGACACUUGGGUGUAUCCAGAUAUAAAGAAAGCAGAGUAUGGUCGUCUGGCCCGACAGUACGUCUACUGCUUCUACUGGUCCACCCUUACCCUAACCACCAUUGGGGAGACGCCACCACCAGUCCGAGAUGUUGAGUACUUUUUCGUAGUGAUUGACUUCCUCACUGGGGUUCUGAUCUUUGCCACAAUCGUAGGAAAUGUCGGUGCAAUGAUAUCCAACAUGAAUGCUGCACGUGUAGAGUUCCAGGCCAAAAUUGACUCCAUCAAGCAGUACAUGCACUUUCGCAAAGUCACCAAAGAUCUGGAGGCAAGAGUGGUGAAGUGGUUCGACUACUUGUGGACGGAAGACAAAACCUGUGACGAGAAGCAGGUUUUGAAGAACCUGCCAGACAAACUGAAGGCCGAGAUAGCCAUUAACGUUCAUCUGGAGACACUACAAAAAGUGCGAAUAUUUCAAGACUGCGAAGCCGGUUUGCUGGUCGAGCUGGUCCUCAAGCUUCAGCCGCAAGUCUUCAGUCCCGGCGACUACAUAUGUAAGAAAGGAGACAUUGGUAGAGAAAUGUACAUCAUUAAAGAAGGACAACUGGCAGUAGUAGCAGAUGAUGGUGUCACACAGUUUGUGGUUCUCAGUGAUGGGGCCUACUUUGGUGAAAUCAGUAUCCUGGGGAUCAAGGGCAGUAAGGCGGGGAACCGAAGAACAGCCAACAUUCGAAGCGUGGGCUAUUCUGAUUUAUUUGCCCUGUCCAAAGAUGACCUGAUGGAGGCGCUCACCGAGUAUCCUGACGCCAAAUAUGCACUUGAGGAGAAGGGGAGGGCAAUCCUGAUGAAAGACAAUCUCAUAGACGAGUCACUAGUUGCUGCGGUUGAUGCCAAGGAAUUGGAAGACAAAGUGAGCCAGAUCGAAAGCAGCCUGGAAAUCAUGUCCUCCAAAUUUCAAAAACUGACAAAUCAGUAUGAAUCCUCGCAGCGUAAACUCAAGCAGCGACUGGUGAAUAUGUCAAACCAAGUCCGAAGUCUUAAUGUAGAUCUUGACUAAUGUGUGCUUUUGUAUAAAUACUGCAGGGAACCAAGGCAUUCCUUGGUUUCCGAGGUUGUCCUGUUGGAUCUUGGUGCACAAUAAAUUGUAUUUCAACCAACGUUUAUUAGGUGAAAUUAGGUUCUUAUAAACAGUUCUCACAAAUUGUGCCUGAUAACUGUUAUUUAGUGUAGGAAUUCAUAAUAAAAAGUCAUCAUAAAUUGAAAAUUAAUAAGCACUUGAUAAUAUUUUCUCCUGAUGCAUUAGCUGUAAUUUAUGGAUCAUACAAAAAACAUUCUGACAUUGCUUAAAAAAAUAAACUAAUAAAAAUAAAAAACUAAUAAACAGAGGGUUCUUUUUUUAAUUAGGAUAUUUUUACAACAAAGCCACAGUUUUCACCCAAAAAGUGUAUUUAUUUACUAAUAAAGGUAUGUGCAAUUGUACUUAAAUGGGUUUCCUAAAAAAUGAAAACCAAUUUGGGAUUCAUAAAGUAUAAAAGUAAGUAUUUUAAAAACAAAACAAUGUUUAAAUUAUGGUAUGUUUCUAUACAUACAUUAUACAUUAUACAAUUGUGGAAUUGCUAACAAAUUAAAUACAAAGUAAACAGGGAGGAGGACGCAUGUUAAUACACCCUCUCGCUGACCCACUGUACCUGAGCUGUUCUUUCUGGUGAAUUGAAUUGAUUCUGAUGGAGCUGGUGAAAUAAUAUUUCCACUUGCUCAGAGAACGGUUUAUUGCAAAUAAAAAAAAAUAAAUAAAAAAAAAGUUUUCUUUUUUAUUCCCACAUUUCCUUUAUGUGGGAAUAAUUCCUAAAUUACCUUUGUUAUUACCAAAGUGUAAACUGUUACUGGCAGGAAUUUUUGUGUUAUAUUAAUAAUUUAUCAGUACCUAGCAAAAUAUAACCAAAGCAGCCAAAUGGUGGAGUACAGGAAAUCCUUUAUAGCAGGAAAGUGUUUUACCCACUCUUUAUAAUCAGGGGUUAGCAUACUAAAUAUUUAUUACAUUACAGGUUUUUGUUGAUAUUUAACCAUUCAUUUGGAUAUGUAAGAACUUGAAAUUUGCUCAGUUAAUAUACUGUAUGAUUUUCUUUGUCUUAGUAACUUCUACACAGAUAAUACAAUUCUUUACACCUACAUUCACUAUCUUUUCAAUGUCCUAAAAUUAAACAUUUUUUAAACAUGUUGAGUUUUUUAUACAAAUAUUUUAGAAAAAUUGUGUUGCAGGACUUUUAUCUUCACACACUUGACAAUCUUUCUACUGACAACAAAAGGACCAGUAAAUGAAAAUUUUAAAGGAGAUACAAGUUGGAAAAAGCAGUCGUCUUUAUUUUGCAUGUUCCAACAGCACUGUAUACUUUUUUUUUUUUAAACCUCUACUCAUUUUUCUUUUUAACGUUUCGGAACACCAAUUAUUAAAAAUGUUUCCCUUUCCAAAAUCAAGUAGACUUUCCUUCUAUAGACCUUCGAAGCACUAGAGCCAUGGUGAGCAGCAGCUACAGGGUUACAAACACAGGUACAACAAAAUGUAGAACAGUUGAAACCAGAUCUGGACUAAAUACAGUCUCCAAAUAACUAACCAUUUUCUUGUCAGGCUUAACAGGGUUCAGCUGUACUUGUUAAGCACAUAUACAUUUGCUAUAUGUCCAGUGUUUGUUCUGCCAUUCUUCUUGCUUAAGCUCACACAACAAAACACCAGAUCAGGUUGAAACCAGGAUGAUUGAAAAAAAAAAAAAAAA